GCAAAUUGGGGGCCGUGGAAAGGAGACCGCUUUACUAAUUAGCCCUCGACAUCUGGACAUUCCAAAUUUUUGGAUCUCCCCACAAUCGUGACAGACUCAUCAGCUCGGUCACGCAUUGAGUACUGUCGCCUCUUAAGAGGACGUGUUGGCUGGGCGACUGAUAAAUAUCUCCUGUUUAUUCACCUCGGCUAGAUACGACCUCGGGAACGUAGGCUCCACGAGGAACGAUGGACACGCAUCUCUCAUUCGAAGCGCCUGAAGCAAGUGCACAUGGUCCAAACAGGCACUUCCUGCCACUUCUACAGCGACAUGGACAAGUUUCAGAGCACCCCCCACAGAUCAUGAGCGACGAGGCAAUCGGGUCUGCCAGCAUUACCCAAGCGCUUCCUUGGGACAAUGGUCGCCGGCAAGGGACCCAAGGAGUUUCGAACUACCUCGAGGAAUACCGCGAAGAGCUUAUCGACCUGUUCUGGGUACAGGACCUGCCCUUACGAAAGGUCCAAGAGAUAAUGAAAGAAGAACACGGGUUAGAUGUCACCGUCAAAGUCUAUAAGUCCCAGUUCCGUCGUUGGGGAAUCCGCAAGAACCUCAGAAGACAAGAGGCCCUUAAUAUUGCCGCUGGAAAUGAAUCAGCACAUAUUUUCUGGUCAGAUGACAGGAUCGACGAAUACGCAGCACGCAUAGAUCGUCACUUGAGGAAGUAUCGACGGAACAAAGCACUAUCACAAGCCCGCGCCGGGGCGGUCAUGACCCCAUCCCGCAGGAUUCGAGCGCCGGACACACUUGAAAAAAUUGAGGCGGCAACUUACUACCUCGACGCCUACGCAGCCAGCCAUCACAACAUAUUCUGCACGGAGCGGUUCUCGACCGGCCCACAAGACACGUUCAGCGCCCUGUUCAUUGGAGGUCUUGCACGUUUGUCUCGAAAUGAUCCACAGAAUCAGGCUUUCAAGCAGAUAAACCUGGCCUUUGAGCAUUUGAAGGAGCUUGUCUCGUUGAACCACCCCAUAGUAUACCUACGGCUCGUGGCCACCAUCGCUGCAUUUGGCCAGUACCCGAAGUCUGAGGUCUGCAAGGCCGUCUGUCGCACGCUUUCAGACUAUCUGGCAAAGCUCUCGCGGAUUAUAUACGGGGGCCAUCACCCUCUUGAUCACGCCUGGGGGGAGAGCCUCUUUCUCUCAGCAGCACAAGGCCCCGACCGCUUUGCCCUUGGCGUGCUUGUGAAGGCAGUGCAACGAUGCUGGACAUCUGAGCCUAGAGUAAAGACAGGGGCUGUUGACAUCGCAAGGUGCGUGCCCAGCGACGCAAGGGGCCUGGAUGAAGCUUCUCUACGCGACCGUCUGGCUGUCACGGCUUCGCGUCCGGACCUGGUAUCACAAGCACAGGAGACCAGGCUUGCACUUGCCGAGUUACUCAUCAUGCAAGUAAGAGUGCCCGAAGCAAUGCACUUCUAUGCUGAAGCCAAGGACUUCCAAGCUGCCGAUCCGGUCCGCCGUGCAAGCAAGACCUUCUGGAUUGCAGAACUUGAAUGGAGAGGCUUCGAUGCUCAGGGUUCCAUCAAUACAUUGAAAUCGGCUCUAGCCUCUGACGAAGUUGGAGAAGCGGGUGAAACGGACAACCUGGCCACGGAAACAUUGAAACAACAAAUCAAGGACGUCUUGUGUCACAGGGAGAAUCUUCUCAGCUCAAGAACGUCUUACGUCACUGGCAGUAUCUUGUCACAUUAGGGAAGAACUAAAUGUGUGGAAGCUUCAAUGUUCCUAAAGGUUACUACGAAAGAUCUGAUCGGACAUAUAUGAUGCCUCCAGAGGCCUACAAUUACACGAAUGAUCAAGACAUCAGAAUG